CUGGUUCAGGAACUGGUCCAGGAACUGGUCCAGGAACUGGUCCAGGAACUGGUUCAGGAACUGGUGCAGGAACUGGUCCAGGAACUGGUUCAGGAACUGGUGCAGGAACUGGUCCAGGAACUGGUUCAGGAACUGGUCCAGGAACUGGUGCAGGAACUGGUCCAGGAACUGGUCCAGGAACUGGUCCAGGGGUCCCAACGAGCUCCGGAAUGCUUCGUGGAGUCUCGGUCCGGUCCGGGUUUAGAACCGCCGCCCUGCUGCUGGUUGUCUGCUGCGUCCUGCUGGCCGGUCCGGCUGGUUGCCGGGGCAACGCCACAGCUCAGCCUCAGCUCCGUCCUCCAGACCUGCAGGUGGCGUCGGACCGGGGGGCCGGGGGCCCGCUGGGGGCCGUCCCGGGGUCUGAACCAGCGACUCUGAGGCGGUUCAGCAAGAGUAAACACAGACCUGGAGGGAAGCCCGGCCCCCCCGGCCCCCCAGGGCCCCCCGGGCCCCCUGCCAACGCCUCCCAGAACCCGCCCCCCUCCUCCCAGGCCACGCCCCCCUCCUGCCUGCAGACCACGUCCAUCCAGACGGCCUUCAAGUACAUCAACACGGCCCUGUCGGUGCUGGUGUUCGUGGUGGGCGUCGUGGGCAACGGGACCCUGCUGAGGAUUAUCUACCAGAACCGCAGCAUGAGGACGGGCCCCAACGCCCUGAUCGCCAGCCUGGCCCUCGGGGACCUGGUCUACAUCGCCAUCGACGUCCCCAUCAACGUCUACAAGCUCUUGGCGAUGCGCUGGCCCUUCGCCGAGCAGCCCCUGGGCCUGUUUCUCUGCAAGCUGUUCCCGUUCCUGCAGAAGGCGUCGGUCGGCAUUACCGUGCUCAACCUGUGCGCGCUGAGCGUGGACCGGUACCGGGCCGUGGCGUCCUGGUCCCGGGUCCCGGGCUCCGGCGUUCCCACUGCGACGGCCCUGGAGAUCCUGGCCAUCUGGGCGCUGUCGCUGCUGCUGGCGGCGCCGGAGGCCGUCGGCUUCCGCAUGGUCUCCUUCCAGUACAAGAACGUCAGCAUGACCACCUGCAUGCUGCAGCCGGACACGCCCUUCAUGACGUUCUACCGGGACGCCAAGGAUUGGUGGCUGUUCGGGUUCUACUUCUGCGUCCCGCUGGCCGUGUCCGCCAUCUUCUACGGCCUCAUGACCUGCGAGAUGCUGCGGCACCAGAGGGGGGCGCUGCGGGCGUCGCUCAGCGACCACCUCAAACAGCGCCGCGAGGUGGCCAAGGCCGUGUUCUGCCUGGUGCUGAUCUUCGCGCUGUGCUGGUUCCCGCUGCACCUGAGCCGGCUGCUGAAGAGGACGGUGUACGAGUCCCAGGACGCGCACCGCUGCGAGCUGCUCAACUUCCUGCUGGUGCUCGACUACUUCAGCAUCAACAUGGCCACCGUCAACUCCUGCAUCAACCCCAUCAUCCUCUUCUUCGUCUCCAAGAAGUUCAAGAGUUGCUUCAAGUCCUGUCUGUGCUGCUGCUGUUACUCUGGCUCUCUCUCCAACAGCAACGGCACCAGCCUGCAGUACAAGCACACCGACCCCUGAGGUCCCUCUGAGGGGUGGGGGCCCCUGAGAGACCGGGGCCCCUGAGAGACCGGCGACCGCAUCAGUCGCCCUCGACGACCGCAUCAGUCGCCCGCGGCGACCGCAUCAGUCGCCCUCGGCGACCGCAUCAGUCGCCCUCAGGCGACCGCAUCAGUCGCCCUCGGCGUUGAGAAACCUUUAAAGUGGCUGGAGUUUUGUGUUUGUGAAAUUUGCCAGACAGAAUGAACAGGUUUAUAAUAAAAGUGAAUUUUCUUCAUGGAAAAAUAAAAUAUCACACUCCUACAGUCAGUUGAGAUGUUUAUCUUGAUUUUAGACGGUAUUUAUUUUUCAAAUUGAGACCAUAGAUUGAAAGAUGGAGCACAGUGGUAGAAUAAAGGAGUUAUGGUUUCUGGUUCCAACGUUGCAAAAGGUCAAACAUGUGACUUGUGACGUCACAGGAACAACAGUCACUAAAAGAAAAUUCAAAUUUCGACAUAAAUGAGUCUUUUCUUUGCUUUUAAAUCCUUGUAAUUGUGUGUAUAAUCUGUAUUUAUCAGUAAAAACGUUCCUGAAGGCUCUAGUUUUGGCUGUCUGGGUUGUUUCAUGUGUUGUGUUUUGCCUGUUUGCUGAUUAGUGAGUGGAAAGUCUGUUUUUGAUAUUUGUGUCUCUUGUUUGAACAAAUCAAAAGUUAAAAAGUGUGUUUUUCCUGUUGUUUUAUGAAGUAAUUCCACCGCUGACCUCGCGCGCCCCCUCGUGGUCAGCGGUGGAACUGCUAGUGUAAGUCGCUUUUAUUUAGAUCGGAUUUUAACAAUAAAUUAAAAUGAUUUUCAUUUUUUAACUAACAUAAAUAAAUGAUGAAAAUAUUAUUUGUUAUAUUUACAUUGUUAUUUUACAUAUAUAGCUUUUUCUGUGCACAGUUUAACUGUUUUAUUUUACAUCCUGCUCCUCUGUAUUAUAAUAACAUUAACUGUAUAUAUUUAUUCUUUUAAUAUAUUCAGCAGGAUCAGAAGAACACGUUCUCUGCUCUGCUGGUUUUUAUUGUGUAUUAUCAUAUAAUUGUUUUAUCUAUUGUAUCUGAUUAGAUAAAGAAGUUAAAUAUAAUUAUUCAGGUCAUUUUCACCGUAUUUUAUC